AUGGACACAUCCAACGCCCCAACAGCACCAGAGGCACUGAUUUCCCAAUUCCAAGUAACAAAACUCCUCAGACAAGACCAAGCGGGCAGACGCAUCUCCCUCCUGGGAACAAUAAACAACGAACAAGGAAUCCUAACAGCCGAAAGAACAGCCCUCCCAACCGAAUCCCUAGACACAAUCCAAGCCUUCCACGCCGCAAUCUCGCGCGUAAAGAACCUAGGCGACAACGACAUCUACCGGUGGUACUUAGCCUCCUCAAACAACACCAACAACAAUGGCCCAAACAGCAACGGCAACGACCUAAAACUCAACCUGAUCUGGCCCUGCACAACGAGCCACAUAAAAAAAUACAGCUCCCAACAGCUGCGCAUGGUAACCGAAACACCAGCCAUCUACAAAACCCACAUCCAUCCCUACAUGCGCGCAAAGCGCGAAGAGGGACGGUUAAAUUGGGUGUUCAAUAUUCUGGAAGGGAGGACCGAGCAGGAAGAUGUUAUACUGCGCGAUGAGGGGGGCCCGAAUGGAGCCCAGGAUGCGUUUUUGAUGUUGCCUGAUUUGAACUGGGAUCGAGAGACUAUGGGCUCGUUGCAUUUGCUUGCGCUUGUGCAAAGGAGGGAUAUUUGGUCUUUGAGGGAUUUGAGGAAGGCGCAUGUUCCUUGGUUGAAGUAUCUCCGGGAGAGGGUGCUUGAUGGGACUGUUGGAAUGUAUCCUGGUGUUGAGAGGGAUAUGUUGAAGCUUUAUGUUCAUUAUCAACCGACUUACUAUCAUUUCCAUGUUCAUGUGGUUAAUGUUAUGCUCGAGGCUGGGACUACGCAGGCUACGGGUAAGGCGUUUGGAUUGGAGAAUUUGAUUUCUCAGCUUGAGGGGUUGGCUGGUGAUGAGAGUGCUAGUCUGGCGGAUGUUGAUUUGACGUAUUUCCUUGGUGAGGCGAGUGAAUUGUGGACUGAUAUCUUUGAGCCAUUGAAGCAGGGGAAGGAGCCUGGUCAAUAG